UGGAUUUCAUCGUGAUUUCCGACGCAUGAUUUUGGACUAUUUUGAAUUUUGUUCAAGGACUUUUGGACCGUAAAUUGCAAUAAAUUGAGCCCUGAGAGCUUGCCAGAAGCCCUGGAGUGUCACAGAGUCACAGAAAAGACUGAAAAUGAUGUCGGAAUUGAAGGCAUUGGAACAUUCGACGUUGAAGGUUCCAUACGAGAUACUAAACAAAAAAUUUCGGAUUGCCCAGAAGACCUUGGAUCGGGAAUACAGUCAGUUUCAGAAUACAGCUGCUGAAUUGGAGAAUGAACUGAACCAAGGGACGCCUCCGACCGCAGGAACGAUCACAAAACUCCUCGGAAAUGUCGUCGAACGACUUCAAGUGAUGAAACGCAAAGCCGAGGAAUGUAUUUCGGAUGAACUUGCUGCUGGUUUUGUGUGCAAACGUCGCUUGGAGCACCUCAAACAAAGCGUUCAACCGAUGGAAAUGGAGACAGAUGCCGAAAACGACGCAGAUCCGAGUAUUCGACUCGCUGCCACAAAUCAAUUCAAGAAAAUCCGCAUCGAUCGGAUGUUGGUCGAGCACUUUCUCUGCUUGGGCUACUAUGAAACGGCAGAAAUGCUCGCAAAUCGCAGCGGAAUUCGUGACCUGACAAAUAUCGACAUUUUCGCGACAUCGAGAGAGGUAGAAAAAGACUUGGCAGCACACAAUACGGCCAAAUGCAUCGCAUGGUGCAACGAUAACAAGUCAAAAUUGAAAAAAAUCAAUUCGACGAUCGAGUUUCAGGUGCGUGUGCAGGAAUUCGUUGAACUCAUUCGGGAAGAUCGACGUUUGGAGGCGGUGCGACAUGCUCAGAAAUAUUUCCCCGCCUUCGAGCAGGACCAAUUGAAGGAAAUUCGCGAAUGCAUGGCAUUGUUGGCGUUUCCCGUAACGACGGAAAUCUCAAAAUAUCAAAAAUUAUUUAAUCCGGCGCGAUGGGAUGAGCUCGUGCUCAAGUUUCGUCUCGAGAAUUACCGGAUUUUCCAGUUGCCAACGCAAUCGGUGUUGGGAGUUACGGUUCAGGCGGGAUUGUCGGCCCUCAAAACGCCCCAAUGCUACUCCCAGUCGUCGAAAAACUCGAAUUGUCCCGUGUGUCAACCGAAUAUCAAUGAUGUUGCGGAGCCGCUUCCCUUUUCACAUUGCGCUCAAAGUAGACUUAUUUGCAGAGUCACUGGAAAGCCAUUGAACGAACACAACCUUCCGAUGAUGCUUCCCAAUGGUCAGGUAUAUGGACAAUUGGCACUUCCGAGCAUGACCAAAGAAAAUGGAAUCGUUGUGUGUCCCCGGACCAAUCAGACCUUCUGUCAUCCGAAAAUCGAAAAGGUCUUUAUCAUGUAGUUAUCGUACCGCGUAAAGAGUACAAAAUAUGUCAGAAAAGCAAUUUCUGCAAUAAUAUCAUUCUCAAUGGAUGCCAUGAAUUUUUUCUCUUUUUUAUUUUCUAAAUUUACUUUGAAUUGAAUUUCCGCCUUCAAACCUCAAGCUAUAUGAAUACUGCUUUUUUUUAGUGUGAUUUGUUCAAUUAUGUAGCUUUUUAUAUCAAAUUUAAUCCAAAGUCAUUUUUUUAAAAAUUAUAAAAAUAAUUUUUAGUCUUUAAGAAAUUUCAAAAGAGUGAAAUCUUGCUGUAAAAUUUUUUUUUGUCUCUUUUGGAACAAAAUUAGAUUAGUAAGAACAUAUUUUAUUGA